CAGUAUAUAAGAAUCGCUUUUAAUUAGGGUUUGUAUUUUGGAACGAUCACCACCAAGUAUUACCCCCAUCCUGAAGCAGCAGCGGCGGCUGUGGGAGCUGAAGUUGAAGCCGAGGCCACGCCAUGGGGAGGAGACCUGCAAGGUGUUAUCGUCAAAUCAAGAACAAACCUUACCCAAAGUCAAGGUUUUGUCGAGGUGUUCCUGAUCCUAAGAUCAGAAUCUACGAUGUUGGAAUGAAGAAGAAGGGUGUCGAUGAAUUCCCAUUCUGCGUUCACCUCGUGAGUUGGGAGAAGGAGAAUGUUUCAUCCGAGGCGUUGGAAGCAGCUAGGAUUGCUUGCAACAAGUACAUGGCUAAGUUUGCUGGAAAAGAUGCUUUCCAUUUGAGGGUGAGGGUGCACCCUUUCCAUGUUCUGCGUAUUAACAAGAUGCUUUCAUGCGCCGGAGCUGAUAGGCUCCAGACUGGAAUGAGAGGCGCCUUUGGGAAACCACAAGGUGUGUGCGCGAGAGUCAGCAUUGGUCAGGUCCUUCUUUCUGUUCGUUGCAAGGACAGCAACAGCCAUCAUGCUCAGGAGGCCCUCCGCCGUGCUAAGUUCAAGUUCCCUGGCCGUCAAAAGAUUAUUGUCAGCAGGAAGUGGGGAUUCACCAAGUUCAGCCGUGCUGAUUAUGUGAAGUUCAAGUCAGAGAACAGGAUUUUAGCAGAUGGUGUCAAUGCUAAGCUUCUUGGGUGCCAUGGUCGUCUAGCGAACCGUCAGCCUGGAAAGGCCUUCCUCACUGCUGUCUAGGCUAAAUUCAAUAGCUGAAACUUAGUAGUGUUUCUCCCAGGACUCAAAUUUGAUGCAGAGAGAAGUCUAUAGUUUUGCCUUGUUUUGUGUGUUAUUGCCAUGUUACUACUACUCCGCAGGGACGAGAUGUUUGUUCUCUUAAUCAUUUGCACAUGUCGUGCGUAGAUUAUAUUAAAUUAAUUAUUAUUUUGUUGGCCUAAAUUCGUUAUCUCACUUUUAAGUUUAUUCGUCGUCGUCAUGCUUUGGUUAUUGACAAAGUUAAUGCUAUACAUGUCGACAUAGAUAUGGUUGAUGACU